AGAAUAAAAUCAAAUCAAAACAAAUCAAACAAAUUCAUUAUAAUCAACAAAAUAAUGGCUUCAAAUAAUGGCAGUAAUAAUAAUAUUAAUAAAAGAUAUUUACUUGAAUUUCUACCAUUUUCAACAUUAAUUGAUUCAUCAUUUUGGUUUGAAAUAAAACGUAUUAAAUUGGAUAUACUUAAAUUAUCAACAACUCCCAUUAAUAUUUAUCCAUCAUUUUCAUUACAAACAAAUAUACCUGGACUUGUUACAUUAAAUUAUGAAACAUUUGAAACAUAUGAAAAACUUUGCUAUCAACGUGAACAAAAUGAUUGCGAUAUUGAUUUAUUUUAUUUAAAUGGUCAGCUAAUUAUUUUCAAUACACGUGAAGAAUUUGAAAAUAGUGAUAAAUCAAUGCUUAUUAAUCAACAGGGAAAAUUGAUAUGGGAUGCAUUAAAUGAUGAAACUAAUCAUGAACAAAUUGAUUCAUCAUUAGAAUUUUAUCUUGCAAGAUUUUUUAUGAUUGUUUAUGGUGAUUUUAAAUCAUAUGAAUUUAAUUUUUGGAAUGCUUAUCCAUCCUUAUCGUUUCCACCGCAAUGUUUUCGUUUACCACAAGAAAAUGCUCAAUGGAAAUAUUAUUUUAAUUAUAAACAAACGGAUCAAUUAUGGCAAUCAUUCAAACAAAUUCCAAUGAAACAGCGAUUAUUUUUUACAAUUCUUGCAAAACCGUUAAAAAAUAUUGAAAAAAAUGAUGAUAAUGAUGAUGGUGUUUAUUUUGCCAACUAUGAUGUUGAAAUUGUUCAUUUCAAUCGUUUAUGGUCAUUAGAUUUUAUUGAACAAUUAUAUAAAUCAACACCAGAUAUAAAAAUCAUAUUUACUUUUGGUGAUUUUUCUUCAUAUUCUAAUUAUCCAGGUUGGCUAUUACGAAACUAUUUGGUCUAUAUUCAUAUACGUUUAGCACAAUUGACUAAACGUUAUAAAAACAAUAAUAUAAUAUUAUGGUUUAUUAAACAAUGUUUGUUUAAUAAUGAUUUAUUGAUUGGAACAUUUUCAAUACCACGUCAUUAUCAAUCUGAAUCAACAUUGAAACAACAGUGGUUUGAUAAAAUAUCUAAUCGUUUUUUUAUACAUCAUAUUUCCAUGUUACCAUGGAAUUACAGGAAAUUAUCAUCCGAUCAAUAUUUAAAUGGUUUUUUGGAAGAUGUUAACAAAUUCUAUAAUAAUUCAUCUGAUAGUUCGAAACCUUAUGUUCCGAAUGCACUUGGUUGGGAACGAAAUAAAAAAUUAAAUAAUCGUUUAUUACCAAAUCAAGUAAAUUGUGGUAAUACUUUAAAUCCAGAAAUAAUUGCUACCGAUGCAUUAUAUUUAAAUCUUAAACUAAUGAAAUGGCGUUUGGUUCAAAAUCUUGAAUUGGACAAAAUUAAAAAUACCCGUUGUUUAUUGCUUGGCUCAGGUACGCUUGGCUGUAAUGUAGCACGUGCAUUGGUCGCAUGGGGUAUUAAUCAUAUAGUUAUGGUUGAUAAUAAAAAUGUUUCCUUUUCGAAUCCUGCACGACAAUCAUUGUAUACCUAUCAGGAUGCUAUUGGUGGUGCUCAAUCAAAAGCUAAGGCUGCCGCUAUAGCAUUACGGCUGAUAAAUCCGUCUAUAGAUUCGAAAGGAGUUGAUUUAAGUAUCAAAAUGCCUGGACAUUUGUUUGAAAAAUCUAUUGAAGAGGAAAUGAAUGACGUUGAAAUUUUGGAAAAAUUAAUUGAUGAAACGGAUGUGGUGUUUUUGAUGACCGAUACACGUGAAAGUCGAUGGUUACCAACAUUGAUUGCAACAUCUAAACAUAAGAUUAUCAUCAAUGUAGCACUUGGAUUUGAUUCAUUUCUUGUUCAACGUUUUGGUUUACGUUUACGAUUGGAUGAUAAGUUUGAUGAACAAUCAAAAUGGAUUGAACUUUAUAAAAAACAGACCAAAGUUUUUAAUCGAUUAUUUCCCGAUACUAAUAAUAACGAUAAACAAACAGGCUCAACAACAAUGACACCAAUAUUAUUGGGCACACAGCUUGGAUGCUAUUUUUGUAACGAUGUUUUUGCACCGUCUGAUUCGACCAAAGAUCGUACAUUAGAUCAACAAUGUACAGUAACUAGACCUGGACUUUCAAUGAUUGCUUCCGGAUUUGCUGUCGAAUUAUUAAUGUCUAUUCUACAACAUCCAGCCGGACCUUUAGCACCAGCUAUGACACGAUUUCAUGAUGAUUAUAAUAUAAAAAAGAAAAUGUCCGAAUUGAAUGGUGAACAAUUGAUUGAUAUAGAUCUUUUAGAUAUUGAAUCAUUAUUGGGUGUUAUACCGCAUGAAUGUCGUGGUUUUCUUUCAGUAUUUGAACAGAUGACACCAAGUACACCAAGAUUAGAAUAUUGUAUUGCAUGUUCGGAUAAAGUUAUUGAUAAUUAUCGUAAUGAUAAAAGAAAAUUUCUUUAUGAAUCAAUUAAUGAUUCAAAAUCAUUGGAAAGUUUAACCGGUAUUAAUGUAUUUCAUAAUGUUGAUGAUGUCGAUAUUAAAGUAUUGAAUAUUGAUGAUGAUAAUGAAUUAGAUAAUAAUGAUGGAGAUGAUAAACAAUUUGUUCGUAUUGAAAUCUAAUUAAAUAACAGCUAAUACCACCUUUGAAAAAUUAUCUUACGUUUAUAUACCAUAUUACACUCAUUAAUGUUUUUUUUAAAAGAAUGAAUACAUAACAAAUAACACACACACAC